AUAUUUGGAGUAUCUUUUCGUGCGUUACCGCAAUCACUUGUGCCAGAAUAUGGUUAUGUUCCAACCUUCCUUGUUGAUACUUGCGAAUAUCUGGAAGAACAUGUUCAUACGGAGGGACUCUUCAGAAAGUCUGGAUCUCUUGUUCGUUUAAAAGCUUUAAAGAGUAAACUGGAUCAAGGUGAAAACUGCCUCUCAGCUGCACUGCCGUGUGAUGUUGCAGGGCUCCUUAAACAGUUCUUUAGAGAGCUGCCAGAACCCAUCCUUCCACCUCACCUGCAGGAGGGCCUUCUCAAAGCUCAGCAGCUAGGAAACGAGAAGAAAACUGCAACUGUGUUGUUGUCCUGUUUGAUGGCAGAGAGAACAAUUGAAGCUUUGAGAUACUUUUUCAACUUUCUGAGAACUGUGUCCCUAAGAUCCACUGAGAACAGGAUGGAUAGCAGUAAUCUGGCAGUGAUUUUUGCUCCUAACCUCUUGCACGCGCACGAGAAUGAAAAGAUGUCAGCCAGCACGGAAAAAAAAAUCCGCUUGCAAGCUGCUGUUGUGGAAACACUUAUUGAGCAUGCGGCAGAAAUUGGACAAGUACCAGAAUUUAUCUUGGAGAAGAUUCCUGCAAUGUUAGGUGUUGAUGCCUUUCAAUCUACUCCCUCACUGUGGGGCCACGAAGACAGUGAAAAUGAAUCUCCCAGUGAAUAUAAGAAGAGGAGGCACCGAAGUGUUGGGGUCUUUUCAUCUGUGACUCCAGUGGUUCUUACUCCAAGUACGAAGCGUAAGCUUCCAGCUGAUUGCUCUCAGGGCUUGUCCAGCAAGAAGAGACGAUCUUUUAAACAUAGUUUUGCUUUUGAGUUUUUACCAAGUAGCAUUUUUAACAGCAGCUCAACACCAGCAUCAGUUCAGUUUGAAGCAAGCCCUUGUGUGUCUCUUGAGUCAUCCCAAACCUCACUGUCUCCUUCAACUGGUGGUGAAAUUCAUCUCUCUAGUACAGGCAACAGAAGAAGUAAAAGACAUACAAGCAAGAAAUUAUACAGGGCUGAAUCAGGAAAGACAGGUUGUUUUUCUCCAAAGAUUAGCCGAAAAGAAAUGGUUCGUAGGUCUUUACGCUUGAAGUUUGGCUUGGGGAAAAGCAGCAGAGAAACGAAUAUUGCGUCGGGAUCCGUGGUUGGUAAUAGAUCUGAAAAUAUUGGAAGGCGUCUUGCAAGUCAACAAGGUUUGGAAAGCAGAAAUGAAUGUACAAAAGGGGAUGUACUCUUCAGCCCAUGUAUUGGUGAAAAAUUCCCUAAGAAAGGAUCAAAGAAUGUGAGCAAGUCAGAAGAAAACUUGCUAACUCCAAAAUAUCACGAUAAAGUAGUUCACCGAAUGUCAUGGAAUAGUCCUACUGUUACAGAUUCACAAGCAAUUGGCAGGAAUGAGGGAAUUCUGCCAGGACACCCUGAAAGGGGAAUCAUUUCUUCAGAAUCUGGUUUGAUAUUUGGAAAGCUGCCAGUUGUUCCAGAUGAAUUCAAAUCUACAACUGUAAGCAAGCAAGACAACAGCUUAGAAAUUUUGCUUUGUGAAGAGGAAAAUAGUUCAACUGCAGAAACAUUACUGAAAGUCAAGGAAGCCUUCACUGCAUCUGGAAGUAAUCCAGUGAUAGGUGAUAAAACAUCUUCCUUCUCAGAUGUAGCAAGCAAAACAUUAAAUGAAGCUCUGUGCCUUCUGGGACUCAGUUCAGAGAAAGGAUUGACUGAAGAAGUUUCUGAAAAUCUAGCAAAUACAAAAGCCAGAGAGCUGUUGCAAGAAUCUAAUCAACUUCAUGCUGUUGAUAAACAGCAAUUAAAAAAAGAUGACCUUAAAAUUUUGGAGAAAAACUUCAAAACUUCUAUUGAGAUUGAACUUCAGGUCCCAAAACCAGGUAUAAAAAAUACAGCAGAACUUCCUGUGCCUCAAGUACUGACCAGGGAAGACAAGUGGACUGUUCAGAACACUUCAUCAAAAGAUGACUUCAACAAAUUAGAUUCCUUCAGAAGAAAAGAGGAAAUAGAAUUAACACACUCAAAAACAGCUGAAAAGUGUAUGGUAGAAAUCUGUAAUUUGGAAGAAGAUACUGCUGAACUUUCUGCAGCAGGACAGCUUCCUGCAUCACAGCUGCCUAAAUCACAAAAUGAAGUAGGCAACCAAUACUUGCAAGCUGAAAAUUCUGGUAAAACUUUAAUUAAAACAUCAACUGUUUCUGACCACAUACAAUGGUUCAACAAGCUUUCCGUAAAUGAUCCGAGUUCUUCAAGCAAAAGCAAAGCACCCCUGAAGUUUCAGCGUACUCCUGUCAGGCAGUCUGUAAGAAGAAUCAAUUCCCUACUGGAGGCUAACAGGCGGUCUGUGAGCUCUCCGCUGCUCAAAGCCAGUGGUGUUGGUUCACCACUUGUUAAAUCUUUGAGCUAUGAUUCUGCACUCUCCUCCUGCACUGAAAAGCCCUCAAAUUUUGUGGCUUUGCCCCUUGGAAGUGAAAGUACAUACAUGCAGGUGUCUAUAUUUCAUAAGCAGCCAGACUUAGCAUCCAAGUCAUGUUGCCCACCAUUAAAUCCAUCGGGCAAGUCUGGUGUUUCUGUCAGAACUGCUGGAAUCCACAAACAGAGAGAGACUCUUCAUCCAUCAAAGUCUGUUCUAGAAGAUCUAACUAAUCAUGAGACAGUGAAACCCGGUUUAAAAGUUAAUGCAAAUAUAAAUAUUCCAGGUGCUGCCCCAGGAAAGUCAACAAUCACAAGAAGUGCUUCAGGAAAAGAAAGAGUUUGUUACAGAGGCUCUCCAAAGAAUCCAAUAUCUAAAGUGAAACUUCUACCAGCUGCAAAGCCAGUAGAUUUGUAA